AUGUUUGCUGCCGAUGCCGUUGCCACCGAUGCCCGUGCCGGUAUUGAUGCCGCCGUUAAGGGUGCCGGUACCGCCAUAGCCACCGGGAUUGUAGCCGGUACCACCGUGGUUUUUGGCGACAUUUAUGCCGCUGUUAAUGGUUCCGACACCGCCGUAGCCACCAUUAACGCUGUCGCCACCGUGGCCUUCGCCAACGUUGGUGCCGCUGUUAACGGUACCGACGCCGCCAUUUGGGCCGUUGCCACUGUAGCUGUCGCCGACGCUGAUGCCUUUGUUAAUGAUAGUGGGGCUAUCGUUGCUUGCACCUUUGUAGCCGUUGCCGACGUUGAUGCCUGUGUUCUCGACGCCUACGCCGUUGCCGACGUUGAUGCCUUCACUGGGGCUGACUUUGCCGUUGCUGACGCUGAUGGGAACAGGAAUUGCGUCAGAUGA